AGAGGUUCCGGGUUCCUGGCACCGGGAUGAGAGGAGGGAACGCAGGUGAGAAAGCAAGACCAGCAGGUGGGAGUACAGUGAGGCGGACGUAGCCCAAGCUCGGGGUAGCAGCAGCUGGAGAGAAGGUGAAGACGUUGAGGAAUCGAACCGAUAACUGGAAGAGAGAGAAGUUGGCUACCAUGGAAUCACCAGAGGAGCCUGGAGCAUCCAUGGAUGAGAAUUACUUUGUGAACUACACUUUCAAAGAUCGGUCCCACUCAGGGCGAGUGGCUCAGGGCAUCAUGAAACUGUGUCUAGAGGAGGAGCUCUUUGCUGAUGUCACCAUUUCAGUGGAAGGCCGGGAGUUUCAGCUCCACAGGCUGGUCCUCUCAGCUCAGAGCUGCUUCUUCCGGUCCAUGUUCACCUCUAACCUGAAGGAGGCCCACAACCGAGUGAUUGUACUGCAGGAUGUCAGUGAGUCUGUUUUCCAGCUCCUGGUCGAUUAUAUCUACCAUGGGACUGUGAAACUUCGUGCUGAUGAGCUGCAGGAAAUUUAUGAGGUGUCAGACAUGUAUCAGCUGACAUCUCUCUUUGAGGAAUGUUCUCGGUUUUUGGCCCGCACAGUGCAGGUGGGAAACUGCCUUCAGGUGAUGUGGCUGGCAGAUAGGCACAGUGAUCCUGAGCUCUACACUGCAGCCAAGCACUGUGCCAAGACCCACCUGGCCCAGUUACGGAGCACAGAGGAAUUUCUCCAUUUGCCCCACCAUCUACUCACUGAUAUCAUCUCGGAUGGGGUUCCAUGUUCCCAGAACCCCACAGAAGCAAUAGAAGCCUGGAUCAGUUUUAAUAAAGAAGAAAGAGAGGCUUUUGCAGAAUCACUUAGGACUAGUUUAAAGGAAAUUGGGGAGAACGUGCACAUUUACCUUAUCGGGAAAGAGUCAUCUCGUACCCACUCGUUGGCUGUGUCCUUACACUGUGCAGAGGAUGACUCCAUCAGUGUAAGUGGCCAAAACAGCUUGUGCCACCAGAUCACUGCAGCCUGCAAGCAUGGAGGAGACCUGUAUGUGGUGGGGGGGUCCAUCCCACGGCGCAUGUGGAAGUGCAACAAUGCCACCGUUGACUGGGAGUGGUGUGCACCUUUGCCUCGAGACCGGCUCCAGCACACCCUGGUGUCUGUGCCUGGGAAAGAUGCCAUAUACUCCCUGGGUGGCAAGACACUGCAGGAUACUCUCUCCAACGCAGUCAUUUAUUACCGGGUAGGUGAUAAUGUAUGGACAGAGACAACCCAGCUAGAGGUGGCUGUGUCUGGGGCCGCUGGUGCUAACCUCAAUGGAAUCAUCUACUUACUAGGGGGUGAGGAGAAUGACCUGGACUUCUUUACCAAACCUUCCCGACUAAUCCAGUGUUUUGACACAGAAACAGACAAGUGCCACGUGAAGCCCUACGUGCUGCCCUUCGCAGGCCGCAUGCACGCAGCUGUACAUAAAGAUCUUGUAUUCAUUGUGGCUGAAGGGGACUCCCUGGUGUGCUAUAAUCCCCUUCUAGACAGCUUCACCAGGCUUUGCCUUCCUGAGGCCUGGAGCUCUGCCCCAUCCCUCUGGAAGAUUGCCAGCUGUAAUGGGAGCAUCUAUGUCUUCCGGGACCGAUAUAAGAAGGGGGAUGCCAACACCUACAAGCUCGACCCUGCCACUUCAGCUAUAACUGUCACAAGAGGCAUCAAGGUGCUGCUUACCAAUUUGCAGUUUGUAUUGGCCUGAGACAGUGAUGGAAAAGAAAAGCUGAUUCCUUUGUCCUUCCCUUUUCCAGCACCUCCCUUGAACCUCAAUUCAGAGUAAUGUGUUAGUUUGGACGUACAGUAGAAAACAGCACUUCCAGCCUGGCCCUAAACCCAUAGGGAUGUUCUGUUUGAGACUUAGUAGACUGUUGCUCCUCAGCUGGCUGCUUGAACCGAGGUGGCCAUCCUAUGAUCCCGUGCCUCACUACAGAUUGCUUAGAGCCAAGUUUCUCUCUGACCUUAGGCACAGCUUCCCCUCCUUACCUGAUCAAUGUUAAAUAGGAGUUGCCCAAUCCCAGGGCAGAAAGAUGCCCAUUCCUUUUUUUCUACAGCCAGCCAAGUGGCGAGUUCAGUUAUACACAAUUAGGUAUUAGAGUUUUCCUUCAGGCUUUGGUUGGGAGAAUGGACUAAGCUGAAGGUGUUCUUCACCAGCAAGACUCAACUCUAGAAUUCAGGACGUUCUUUCCAUUGUUUUUCAUCUGUCUGUCAGGAAAAGUAAUUUUGGUUUUAUUUUUGGCUUACUUCAACAGAUAAGCCAGGAAAUAGAAUUAUUUCUGAUUAAUAGCAGAAAUGUUUUCAAAACUGGUCUUUUAAAAGCUCUAGGCUAAAUCAGGAGCUAGAAACUGUUCAUACAAAUAAAAGUUUUUGAAGAGA